UGCAUCUGAGACAGUCGGAGUGGAGUACAUAUCUGACCAGACCAGGUGAAUGGUAAAGUCGCAUAUCCGCGGGUGCGAUUGUUUGUUCAGCUGAUUGUAACAUGCGUAAUGUGCACAAAUGUGCCAAAAGAUCUCAUCGCAAAAGCCCCGAAUCUUCUUGAAGCGCAGGGAUGGCAACCCAGAUCGUACCCAUGACCAAAGAGGUUCGACUAGUGCAGGGUUCACAGGGUUCACAGGGCUGAAGUCUGAAGGAAGGCAUGAUUCUAGCCGCGGCUCAACAGCGGGGCCUAAGUGGCGCUUAGUUACGGUUUACCUAACAGACGAGCAUUUUCUUUGCGACAAUCGUAAAAAGAUCACGACAUCCCAUUCCUUGAGUGUGGCGAGAUUUCCCUUUGUUUCUCGCUUGUCAUUCUGUCCUUCUCGCAACAAUAUUUCUAGACUCACGACACUACCUUUCAAGAAACACGCAUAGAGCAUCAACGUCAUGUCUGUAACAACGCGCCCCAAGAUCCCGCCGGUCGUCAUGGACGAUAUCACGCAGCAGAUUGGCAACACGCCGCUUGUCCGCCUCAACAAGAUCCCCCAGUCGCUCGGUAUUGAAGCUACCGUCUAUGUUAAGGUUGAGGCCUUCAACGCCGGCGGCUCUGUCAAGGAUCGCAUUGCUCUGCGCAUGAUCGAAGCCGCCGAGAGGGAGGGACGCAUAAAGCCUGGCGACACUCUGAUCGAGCCCACCUCGGGCAACACUGGCAUUGGCCUGGCACUUGUCGCCGCCGUCAAGGGCUACAAGACCAUCAUCACUCUUCCCGAGAAAAUGAGCCCGGAGAAGGUCGCCGUCCUGAAGGCGUUGGGCGCAGAGAUCAUCCGAACACCCACCAGCGCUGCCUGGGACAGCCCUGAGAGCCACAUCGGUGUUGCGAGAAAGUUGGUCAAGGAGCUGCCAAACGCUCAUAUCCUCGACCAGUACUCGAACCCCAACAACCCGCUUGCCCAUGAGUUCGGCACUGCCGAGGAGGUCUGGGAGCAGACACAGGGCAAGGUCACCGCGCUCGUUGCAGGUGCUGGUACUGGCGGUACAAUCACUGGCCUUGCGCGUGGCCUGAAGAAGCAUAACAACGACAUUAAGAUCAUUGCUGCCGAUCCCCAGGGCAGCAUUCUGGCGUUGCCAGAGUCCCUCAACGACGAGCGCGUCAACGAGGGAUACAAAGUUGAGGGCAUCGGUUACGACUUCAUUCCUGAAGUUUUGGAGCAGAAGAUCGUUGACAAGUGGUACAAGACCGAUGACCGCACAGCCUUCCAAUACGCGAGAAGACUGAUCUCCGAGGAGGGUAUUCUUUGCGGUGGAUCUUCCGGCAGUGCCAUGGAUGCCGCUGUGAAGGCCAUCAAGGAGCUUGGCCUGGGUAAGGACGAUGUUGUAGUCGUCAUCUUGCCCGACAGCAUCAGGAGCUAUCUUAGCAAGUUUGUUGACGACGACUGGCUCGCUGCCAACGAUCUCCUGCCGGAGACCCCCCCUGACACACCCGAGGCCGCGAACGUCACACGUCGCCUUUCGCUCAGCAAGAACAACAAGAACGACCCCUUCCACGGCGCCACCAUUGCCUCGCUGCGCCUCAGGCCCGUCACCACAGUCCCCGCCAACUCGCCCUGCAGCGAAGCUAUCGAGACCAUGCGCGAGAAGGGCUUCGACCAGCUCCCCGUCUCCACAUACUCCGCCGCCGGCAAGCAGCGCCUCGUCGGCCUUGUCACCCUGGGCAACCUGCUCUCCUACAUCGCAGCCGGGCGCGCAACACCGCGGUCCAAGGUCGAAGACGUCAUGUUCGACUUCCGCAAGCUCAACGAGGUCGUCAAGGAUCUCGGCAGGCUGCACCUGGACGGCGAGGACGCCAAGGCCGGCAGCCGGAGGGAGUUUGUCGAGAUCACACGGGAAACCAAGCUCAGCGAUCUGAACAAGUUCUUCGAGUGGAACAGCGCGGCCAUUGUCACUGAGAAGGCUGACGGGGAGCCGAAGGCCGUGGCCGUCGUCACGAAGGUUGAUCUGCUCACCUGGAUGGUCACCCAGAAGAGCGUCAACGGCCACUAGAGUUGGUAUUCAUAGAGUAGAGAAGGGAAGAUAAGACGGAAGAAGAGGCGCACUUGCUUUACUACAUCAGCAUGGAGUUUUGGGUAGAUACCAUUCAUCUGACUUCAUUAAGUUAGCAGAUGAAAGUUGCAGAUUUUAACACCUGCAACAUAAUGCAAUCGUAGAAGUCGUCACGUUGCAAGAACGUUGAUCGAUACUAAA